GGGGGGGGAGAAUCCUUUCGCUUGAUGACACACAGAUCUGGCGAAUGGAUCGUUAGUACAUUGCGGCUCCGUACUGGAAGCCACGCCAGGCCGCCUCAGAAACCCCCACCACCCCACCCUCCUCCCAGUUGGUCCGUGACGUGCUCCCUGGCCAGGUCUCCCAGGGAUCCGUGUUUUGCAUCGCUGCUCAAUUUGCAUUUCUUCCUCCGAUAUUUCGUGCGACGGGUCCAGCCGCUCCAGAUCAGAAGGCGCUCCACUGCACAUUUUUUUUCUUCUCAUCGUCUUCCGCCGUGCGUCCACAUUUCAAUUGCGAUACGCACAAAAACCAACGGGACAUUAUUGAAUGAUGUUGCCGAGGCUUUCCAAUCGGUGAGACUGAGGACAUUUUUUAUUCGAUCGUUGAUUGUGUUAGGUGGCGCACCGACCGACGGGGACACGUGCCGCCUUCGAGGUAAACACACAGGGCUCCGUCGCCUCGGCUCGUGUCGUGUCGUGUUUUCUUUGUUUUUUGUCAUCGCCAAACGCCACACAUUUUGAUCAUCGAGCUAUUCGUUUUCCUUUUGCGCUUCGGUGAUACCCAGACGCCUAUUGGAAAUGUCGGAAGUGCUGCCUUUCAACGAGGAGAAAAUGAGUCAUUAUGGAAACGAAGGCGAAGAGGGACACCUUUCCUUCACCUGUCGUCUCCAAGACACCAACAACUUCUUCAACGGGCCACAGAAUAAACGCCCUCCGAAACUCGGACAGAUAGGCAGGAGCAAACGGGUUGACGAAAACGAUGACGGAGAGGCCCAGAAAAACGGAACAGAGAAGACCCCCACGGAGGCUUAAGAAACGGCACCCUGCCCCUCCCCCCCCCCUCAACCUCCUCCAACCCAACUCCACCCUGCCCCUCCCCCCCCCCCCCCCCCCCCCCUUCCUCCUCAUCGAUCCAUCCAAACGGACACUCUUGAAACGUUUUUUAAAAAAGAGAAAUGGCGAUGUUAGCCAGUUUUAAUCCAAAGACACUGUAUAUAAGCACUUUCUCUCAUGUGGCAGCAAGCGGCACUCCCACACUCCUCUUCCCCCACCCUCCCCCUUCCCCCCUCUCUCCAACCCACCCACCCCCCCGCCACCCAGACGUGUCCAGCCAUGGGACGUGUGCUGGACACUGGGCCCGCGAGUAGGCAAGAACCCCCCCCCCCCCUCUCGCCUUCCUUCCUUCCUUCCUCUCCCCUUUUCCCUGCCCUCUGCCUGGGUAGACCUCUUCCUCUUCCUCCUACUCUUCCUCCCCAUACACACACACACACACACACACACACACACACAGUAACAAAUACACAUGUCACUUUUGAUCUGAGGGGUUUACGCCGUUCAUCCAUUCAUUGGCAGCAGACAAUAGAGUGAGGGGUUCUUUGGGCCAAAGCGACGCUGUCGAAAAACGCAGAAAUCAGGGACAGGAUGAAUCUGUAAAUGUCAUGUAAAAACCAACACACACAAACAAACAGAAAGCACACGCUCACUUCCUCUAUUAUCAAUCAUCCAUGACGCUCUUCAGUCGGACUGAGAGCAAAGUGAGUUAGCUUGAGAGUCUGUAAAUAUGGAAAGGGUAGCCCAUAUUUUCUUGCACAAAAAACGUGAAGAAGCGCUAUAACAUUUUGUUGUUCUCUGUCUGUAUAGAAGACUCUAUUUAUUGAACCUUUUGAAGAUAUCUCUUUUUUCCAGGGACCGAGGCCCGAGGGACUGUUUUUUGUAUGUUGAGACAACGGAAUGAAAGUGCAGGUUUACGUUUUUUUAUGACUUUCUUUUGUUAUUCUCGAUGUUGCCUGGGUGUAUUUUGUUUCCGUUCCGUUUUUGUUACCAUGCUUUGCAGCUAAGAGUCAUUUAUAUACCGUGUACCUCCCUAGCGUUUGUAAGCUCCCAGGACUUCCCCUGGAUUGGUUGAUACUGUACCUUGACUGUACACACACCGUAUUUAUUGAUAAACUAUUUAUAUUGCAUUGUGCAUUAACGUGUGCCAAAUCUCAUGAAGGGAUAUACUUUACCGGACAAAAUGGAUUUUCUUAUUUUUUUCUGUGCUUCUAACAUCACUAUUUAGUUGUUUGUUUGGUUGCCAUUUUGUAGGACUCUUUUUCUUAAAACACUGAAAUACCAACUCAUGCAUGGCAAAUAUGAAAUCAUGCAUGCAUGGCAGAACUUCUGAAGAAAAAAUCUCUUACUUGUGUGUUCUUGGAACACCUCCUAUACAGCUUUGAAUGACAAACCUCAAGAAACAGUCUUAAUUCAGCGUUGUACUGUACAAUUCACACUGUUUUGUACAGUGGCCUAAUAUCUUGUAAUAAAGAUUCUGAAGGUGUAAUAA